AUGCGAGGCCUCAGCUGCGUGGUGCCCGGUGGCCCGAGGAAAGCCACGCAGGACCUGGGACAGGGCACGGGGGCCUGCCGCCCGCCCCCUCUCGGGCUCUGGGUGGGCCGAGGACUUUCUCUGUGGAGGGCUGAGUCGGAACCGUCCGGGCUCCGGACAGGCCCGCGUUCGGCCGCGCCCCUCCUGGCCACGCCCAUCAAGGCCUCGCCCCCUGCGGGCCACACCCAGGCCACGCCCCUCCACGCUCGCCAGGCUUUCCCCGCCAGGCCUGUCCUCACGAGAGAAAGUCCUCCUCCAGCCCAGAGCCGGAGAGGGGGCGGGCGGCAGGCCCAGAGCCGCAGUUCUGCCCCUGCACCCGCCCCUCAGGGGCCCUCGGAGCCUGACCAGCGGGCCCUGGUGGAAGUCAGGAAACGUUUGCUGGGACGUCUGGCCAGGCAGCAUGUGGAGGCCGUGCGUAGACUGGGGGAGCCCAGGAGUUGGCCUGUAGCCGCGUUGCAGUCCAACCCGGCGGGUGUGGAGGCCGGUGGGCCUCAGGCCCCAGCUGUGGGCUCUGCUCCUGGACCCUGCGCCCUGCGCUGCCCUGCGCUGGGUGCUCAGUCUCCCCUCCACACCCGGCGGCCCCCUGACAAGCUGCGCAUGCGUGGGCCUUCCAGCCAAGAAGGUGGCGGCGCGGCUGUUCUCGGCAGCAUCCUCUUCCUGGAGAGCGCCCCCCUUCAGCCCCGAGACCCCAGGAAAGGGCCCUGGCACGCCAGCCCCGACCAGCAGCGCUGCCCGUCGUGGCUGACGGCAGACGCCCUCUCUCCGGGGUCCAGGCACCCUGCUUGCUCUGUCUCUCCUCCUCCUGCACAUCUUCCCGCGGCCGCCGAGUACAGGCGUAGGUGCCCAGCCAGCCCUCAGGAGAACAGCCCCCGGCGGGUGCCCGACACACAGUCAACUCGCGUGUUUGAUGCGAAACCCUUACCUCCUCCGGGAGGUACUCACGCGCUUAUCGCGGCUCCGGGUGCCCCUGUGGGAGCCCCUCCCCCGCUCCAGGCAGGGCCCCCCCCACCCCCACCCCCACCCCCAGCUGCAUCCUGUCACGCGGGCGGGAGCAGCGAGGUGCGGGCUGCCUGCCCAGAAUCCGAGAGCCGGCUGCUCUCAGCGCGAUUGUUUCAGGAUGUGUCUACGGGGCCUCCGCGCCCAGAGUUCACGCCCGUGGUCGCCGGGCUGGAAUCUGCUCAUCCUCUCCCCGCGCGCCUGGUGGGGGCAGCGCUUGGAAGCCCAGCAGCUCCCGAACCCCCGACCUGUGGCUUCUGGGGGUUGUCAGGGAUGCGGCAGCCUCUGGAGGUGACCCCAGGGGCAGCCUCUCUGCCGGCACCGUGUCUGGGGGGCGGGGGCCCUGUUCUGGGCGGCCAUGUCCAGUGCCCAGGGUGCUGUGCUGACCCUGCCUGGCUGCAGGGGACGCCUCGAGCGUGA